UUCCAGAUUCAUCUUCACCGCUUUCUGUUCUCUGUUUCUCAUUUUUCAUCUUUUCAGCAAAACUCUUUUCUCUUUCGUUUCAAUCUUUUGAUCAACAAUGGCGAAGGGCGAGAAAAAGCCAGCGGAGAAGAAGCCAGCAGAGAAGGCACCGGCAGAGAAAACAAAGGCUGAGAAGAAGAUCCCAAAGGAAGCAUCCUCCACCGACAAGAAGAAGAAGAAACACAAGAAGAGCGUAGAAACCUACAAGAUCUACAUCUUCAAGGUUCUGAAGCAGGUUCAUCCAGAUAUCGGAAUCUCAAGCAAGGCUAUGGGGAUAAUGAACAGUUUCAUCAAUGAUAUAUUUGAGAAACUCGCUCAGGAAUCUUCUAGACUCGCUCGCUACAACAAGAAGCCUACUAUCACUUCUCGCGAGAUCCAGACUGCUGUUCGUCUUGUUCUUCCCGGCGAGCUUGCUAAGCACGCCGUCUCCGAAGGAACCAAGGCUGUUACGAAAUUCACUAGCUCUUGAAUAGUUUUAUUUGAUUUAGGGUUUAUGUAAAUUAUGUUUUGGAUUGCAUCGUAUUGAUGUAUCAAUGGAAUUUCAUUUUGCCCUAAUUACUUCAAUUUUUGGUUUUUUUUUUUAUUCUUGUGUUAAUUACUUCAAAUUUUUAUCUAUAACUGAAUAAAUAUGCGUUAUGAUUUUGAUUCUGAAA